ACGUGAACAUGCGAUGGAAAGCUAUGUUUCAGUAGCUUCUCAAACGAUCUCAUGUUGUGCUGACACCUGCCUUGACUCAGAAUGCUUUCAUUUCCGAGGAAUCGAAACCGAGAGCGCAGUUACAUUUGUCAAGAAGGGGAAACUGCGGCGUGCCUGGCUUGAAUUGUCCGAUCGGGACAGCCCCAUUGAACACUUAGGGGCGGGGAAGUACACUUCAUUUUGCGGGGGAGAGGCGUGGUCCGCACGUAGCCAGUGGCGUAUAUAUUGACAGUGGAGCUAGACCCGAGGAUACCCGCGUUUAUAUUUAGCGAGUUAGGUUGGAUAAUACUAAGGUUUUUGUCUCUGUUGUUCAUCGAGUUUGGAGUCAGCAUGUUGACGACGCCACCCAUGUUUUACCACCCUCUGUACCCGCAGCACCCGCAGCACCCGCCCCCGCCCACUGAUCUCAGGCAGCAUCUUGGGUACGACUAUUCUCACCACAGAGUGAUGUCGUCGUCACACCUGAACGAGCCCCAGAACCGACAACGUCUUCGGCCGUGGCUGGAGGCAAAGAUCAACAGCGGUAACUUCCCCGGCCUGGAGUGGGUUGACCGUGGUCAGUACAUCUUCAAGAUCCCCUGGAAACAUGGGGGGAAACAGGACUGGUCUGAGAGCGACUCACUCAUAUUCAAGGAGUGGGCAAUUCACACUGGGCGGUUCCGGGACGGGAUCGACCAGCCUGACUGGCCGAGUUGGAAGACAAGGCUCCGCUGUGCCCUGAACAAACUUCCUGACAUCCAGGAGAUCAAGGACAUGAGCAACCUGGACGGCAACAGCCCUUUCAGAGUCUACAGGUUCCUGCCAAAGAAAGGUCAAGAAUCACCUCACCGCCGUAACGGCGUACCACCACGUUAUGAGGCUGACGACCACUACGCCCACUCCUCCGCCAUUAAACAAGAGAUGACCAGCAAUAUUCCUAAGACAGUAUCGGAUACUAUUUCAGGAGAGAGCGAGACAGGCAUCCGAGUCAGCAGUCUGGGGUCGGAUCUAGGGGGCAUCGAUGUCCAAGAUCUUAUCCCCCUACCGGAUAGGAGAGCCCCUUCCGUGGGUGCAUCACAUGUGACCUACACCCUCAAAGAGGAAGAGAUGGAUACAGAAGACAACCUUGUGAUUGACGAAAGGCCCUACCCUACAGACGCCCAUACUGGAGCCCCAUCUGCCCACAAUCACGGCCACGGCGAGCGGGGGAUGCCCAUAGCAGACUCGUCCCUUCAUCAGCUGAUGAUGCUAAGACGCCUACACAAGGAGCCUGAACUUCACGAGGUGAUCGUCAAGCUCAAGUACCGCCACACAGAGGUAGCCGGACACCACGUGAAGAACCCCAUCGGUUGCCGGCUCUUCUACGGGCCCAUGAUGGACACUAUGGUGGAAAACCUACAGGAAGAGAUGUACGGCCCUGCGGGUCUCGACCAGCUGCACUUCCCACUCUGCGACAACAUGAUCGACAACCACCGACAGAGCACCCUGACGACCCAGCUGCUGAAUGUGCUGGACCGUGGUCUCAUCCUGGAGUCCGUCAACGGAGACGUAUACGCCACGAGGAAGUGCAGAUUAGUCAUAUUCGUGUCACAGCCCCAAAGUCCCUAUGACCAGCCGAUGAAGUUGUACCGGAACAAGCCGCCGGUGAAGGUGUUCGACUACCAGGACUACUUCCUCCCAACCCUGCAGCGAGCCCUGAACGGGGAAUGUCCACCACCGUCCGCAGAGAUCCUCAUCGGGUUCGGCCAGGACUGGAAGAUGGAGAAACAACCGUAUAACAAUCUCCUCAUCUCUGCAACAGUAUUCCACGCCAGAGCCUACCAUCAACUCUCUCAGAUCCCGCCCGCCCUGCUGGUAUCGACUUCCGACGAAUACGAUCGGUAUUUGGACAACUUUAAACAGCUCGGCUUGGACCAGAGAUCGUGAGGAUCCACUGGACCUGGACCUGGAACUCAAGUUUAUCAUUGUAUAUAUCAGGACAAGCGCUUGAAUCUGGUGUAGUUCCAAUCUGUGUGACGUCAUGUGUGACGUAGAUGUACAGUCAUUUCUACCGGUGAACACUUUCAUUUAUCAUCUACGGUACGGGGAAAAUACCUGUCUAUAUAGCAAAGAUGAGUUAUCAAUGUGUUCAACAUAAAUGCUUCGUAUCAACAAAGCCAUCAGUGAAAUACUAGAAUGUGAUUUGUCAAUAUAUUGUCGGUAUCUCUUAGAUGUUCCCUUAUAUUUUUCCGUGAGCAUAUUUCAUUAUUAGGGAAAUCGUAAAAACGAUGCAGGUGACAAAUACUCCAACACAUGCUGGACGUAAAACACACGUAAAAAGUUUAAACUGUCAUAGGGACCGUAUGUUUGUCACAGCCGAACAAAAGAUUUUGGUCUUUUCGGAACUUCCUUUGAACUUGAUGACAAAAUAAAACUAUGUGAAGGAACACACCAUUGUGUCCCGAACAAAAUACCAAUACUAAUAAUCAGGAGGACAAGAGCUCAAUUCAAUAGGAAAAUCCUAUAAUCGUGCGUUGUCAUAUCAUUACGUAAUGCUUCAAAUUUACACCUUUAGCAAGUCUAAGUUAUUUAUAUCGAAAAGUUAAUUAAAAUGAAUAUUUAGAGAGCACUAAACAACGGAGGAAAUCGUGGUCACGUGACAUAAAAGGAUGCCCUUUGAAGUCACAACUAUAAUAUUUGUUGCUGCGUGUGUUAACCAGUUGAGCACAGUCUCAGUCUCUAGGCGUGUAUUACGAUGUAACUGCCCACCCUUAAAUGACCAUUCAAACGGAAACUAUAAGAAUAUUGUAUCUCAGGCAAUGACGCUCGAGAAUGUGGACAGGUGAAAAGAAUACCUUGAAGGGGUUUUGGCUCCGAGUUCCGAAAAUGUAGUCUCUGCUAUGGCCACAGCAAUUGCCUGCCAAUUUUUCUCUGAAAUUAUUCCUAAAAUAUUUGUAAGUUUUUUCGUCAUAGUGCUUUUAUAUAUUUGAGUGGAAACUUCAUUGAGUUUUAACUCGAACAACUAAACACUUGUUUUAGACGCCCCCUGUUGAGCGUUAAUGUGGCCGCAAUGUGAAGUGUUACUUGAUACUGUGUAGUAUGUAAGCAUCUAUCAUUGUUAAAGCGAAAUGUGGCAAUAGUAGGUAUCUUUACUGUGGUAAUCUAUCAUUUUGUUUGUCUCUCAGGGAUAAAAUUUAAAAUCGUUUCGUUAUUUCAUCGAUCAGGUCGUCUGAUUUGGUAGUCAUCUUUGUGAAGCCGUUUGAAAUAAGAACAUCGAUCUGAUUGGCUAUUGCGUUUUUACCACAAGGGACAUAACUCUUGUUCUACACGGGGCGCCGUCGAUAGAGUCAAGAAAAGUGGGUUUGAAAUGGCAAGGGUGGAAGCUAGGCUUUGAUAUAGGCUGGUGGACACUGUUGCCUCGGGAAAGUCCUCUUCCUGGAACAGAGUCCCCCUUUGAAGCAAGUUUUUUUAAUUUCAUAAAGGUAUUGUUUUAGGUGAUCAAGUGUCAAGAAAAAAAUUAAAAUAUAAAAUAUAUAAACAAUUUCACACUCACAUUCAUUGGACUCAAUGUAUGUCGUCCCGCUAUAGAAAAAAAAAGUCUCUUUCGAAAGAGAAAAUACCCUCUGCAUUUCGGACAAAUGUUGGGGCGGUCGGGUAGCCUAGUGGUUCCAGCUUCAGGGUGUGAAAUGCUGGACUGUCUGACAGAUAACUCAAUAUCUGCUCGAAUUGCCAAAAUUAAAACAAGGGAAUUUGGCCAAGACGUUUAACUUAAGCUUCAGGUAUAUCGAUGAUCUGAUAUUAUUCAAUAACCAUCACAUAGCCAAUUCCCUUCCACUGAUUUACGGGGCGGUCGGG